AACCCCUCCAAAUCUUAACUGUUUUUCUUCUUGGUUUUGACCAACUUUCAAUACCCAUAUUACCCAUUCAUCUCAAUCUCUAAAAGUUUGUUUUGUAAAACCCUAAAACAAAGCCAAAGACUUUAACAUGAUGAAGAACAUAUAUUCUCACAUACUGCUUCUUGUCACUAUUAUGUUCUUGGCAGUUAAUCUUGGUGACAGUCUCCAUCCUCAUCAUUUUAUUUACCAAGGAAAAGGUGGUCUUGGUGAAGCCCAAAGGCAUCCCAAGGGAGCAAAGAACGUUGAGCUUGGGAUGGAUUUAUACCCAACGGGAUCAAGCAUACCAGACUGUUCACAUGCAUGCGGGCCGUGUUUUCCUUGUAGGAGAGUGAUGAUAAGCUUCAAGUGUUCAAUGACCGAGUCAUGUCCAGUUGUCUAUAGAUGUACCUGUAAAGGCAGAUACUACCACGUUCCAUCUAACUAACAUAUCAACUUCGUUUCCU